AUGGAUAGGGGUCGAUCCAGGGUGUGUAUCCUGGAGAAGGGUGCUCCUCACUCCCGAAGCCCGAGAAUCUUGGGGCGUCCGGCCUGUGCAAUCAACAGCUGGUUACUUCUUCCCUCCUCAAAGUGGUCCGCUUUGGGGAAAUCGGCCUGCCCCGGGCGCCCGACGAUCCUCCUCGGGUGCGCCAGGGCGCUCGGCUGGGGGCGCAGCACCUUGGAGAGAGGUGUCGGGUCCUGCGCCUGGGUUUGGGGCUCUGUACCUUUCGCACUGGGGCUCAGGGGUGCGUGCCAGGCCGCCGCCAAGGG